GAUGAGACAUUUCCUAUUAGCAGAAUCUUAACUGCCAACCUUGAGGACAUUAACAGGGCUAUGAAGAAUUCUCUUCAAAAAAGCACGGGAAUGUGCACGGGCUUAGUGUUAGCUGAACAUGAAAAUAGUUUAGCCAAGGAAACCAAACGUUAACGCUAGCCUAUGACUUUGAGUCAUGUUGGCUAAUUUGUAACAGCUACCUCUUUACAGUUAGCUUUUUUGUUUGUGGCUCGAUAUGGAAAGUUACGAGAGCAUACUCUCACUUGGAAGGGGCGCGACAGCUGUUGUAUUUCUUAUGAAGCAUAUCGAAACAGGCAAGCUGUGUGCUGUGAAGAGAAUAGGGAUUGACAGUUCGCAUAGGAGUAGGACCAAAGAGGCGGUUCUGCAAGAAGCCGAGAUACUGAAGAAACUGAAGCAUCCGCACGUUGUCACAUGGAGCGACACUGUUUUUGAUUCAGUGGACCAGUUUAUUUACAUUGUGAUGGACUACUGUGAUGGUGGAACACUGGAUGAACAAAUCCAAGCGCGCAAACCCAAUGAUUAUUUCACAGAGGAGAAGGUCAUGGAAUGGUUUGUCCAGGUCACCAUGGCUGUUAGUUUUAUACACUCAGCGAAAGUGCUGCACAGAGACAUCAAGACUUCCAAUGUCCUUUUAACUAAAAAAGGAAUUAUAAAGGUGGGAGAUUUUGGAAUUUCAAAGAUGAUGACCAAUACACUGGACCUGGCUUGUACAUGUGUAGGCACACCCAGGUACCUGAGUCCUGAACUUUGUCAGGAUGUCCCAUACAGUGCUAAGUCUGACAUAUGGGGACUUGGCUGCCUACUUUAUGAGAUAUGUGCUCUCAGACCCCCUUUUGAUGCAACAAACCUCUUGAGUUUGUUCUUCAAGAUCAUUAAAGGUGACUAUGAGCCCGUGUCAGACAGAUACUCUGAAGCUCUCCAUGCACUUAUCAAGGCCAUGCUAAAUGAGGUGCCUGAAAACAGACCAAGUGCAAACAGCUUACUGAACUCUGCCUAUGUUCAAGAUCACUUAGGUCAUUUUGUCAAGCACCGGCAGACCGAGCUAAGUAAGAUGAGCUCUGACGCCCGAGCCCCGCGCAAGCAGGAAGCUGACAGUCGGCAUCAGUGUUCUGGGCAGCAGAGUGGCAGGGUAGCCAGCAUGGAGGAUGGUGAUGGUCAUGUUGAGUCAGCUGUGCCACUGGCCCCCACACUGGAGGAGGAAGGUCAUCAUGGACAUGACAGUGACCUGGUUGAAGACUCCAUGGGCUCAGACUACUCAGAAGACUUUGAUGAUCAAGACAGUUUGUCCUCCACUGAGGACAGCAUGGACAAGGUUGAGUCCCUAUCACAUGAUUCGGCAGUUGAGGAUGCCCUCAACGAUUCAUGUGGUGCAGCUGCCAACACAGACCUUACUGACUAUCCAGAUGACUUUGAGGAGGUAGAGGAGGAAGAUUUGGUAGACGUGGUCAGUAAUGCCAAAGUUGCCAUGGACAUGUCAGUGGAGGAUGAUGAAUUUGAGGAGGAAGUGCACCUGAAAGAUGCUGGUGGUCUGUCUGUCACCAUGAAAAUCCUCAGAGAGAGGUACCUUGAAGAUGUUGGGCCCUCUCUUUACAAGGAGAUCAGUGGACACUUUGUCAACGGAUUCACCCCAAAGGACUUACAGCCACAGUUUGAGCAUAUGCUGGGUACAGAUCACCUUGAAACUUGUUAUCUCAUAUUUAAUACUGACCACGAGCCUACAUGAGUCAAGGUCAUUUUCACACUUUCCCCAUCAGUUUUGCAAAGUGAACAGGUUUUACGUAGGUCAACAAAUGAAGUGUGUAGAUAGUAGUGAUUUUUUAUCAUCACUCAUUUAGUCAUGAUGUAAUGUAUUUCUCAAAUCUCGUGUUAAGUAUGUAAAUUAAGUGUUAAUUAUGUAAAAAAUCUGUUAUUUGUGUCAUGAAUAUUUCUAAAGCACUUCCAGGUAUGACCUGUAGGUGUCAUCCUGUUGCCAUGGCAUGAAAUCGUGACAUUAGAAUAAAGGCAUGGUGAUCUGAAUCUCUUUGGUUGAAUGUGAAAUAGGCAUGUUAACUAGCCAUGGAUGAUGUUACAAUUACAUUAAGAUCUCUUCUUGGCAGGCCACUAACAUCUUAAUAUCUAAUUGCGUAGAAAGGAGCAAUUUGUUGGAACAACAAUUUGCAAG